AUGACACCAGAGGAGAAAUACGAGGAUGAUGGACAGCUGUCCAUCAUCCCAGACUCGAGGGGUCCCCGGGUCACCGGCUGCCCCGCCCCAGAGGUGGCCGCAUCUCGGCGCCGGGCGAGGGGUCCCCGGGUCACCGGCUGCCCCGCCCCAGAGGUGGCUGCAUCUCGGCGCCGGGAGAGGGGUCCCCGUGUCACCGGCCGCCCCGCCCCAGAAGUGGCCGCAGCUCGGCGCCGGGAGAGGGGUCCCCGUGUCACCGGCCACCCCGCCCCAGAGGUGGCCGCAUCUCGGCGCCGGAAGAGGGGUCCCCGUGUCACCGGCCACCCCGCCCCAGAGGUGGCCGCAUCUCAGCGCCGGACGAGGGGUCCCCGUGUCACCAGCUGCCCCACCCCAGAGGUGGCUGCAUCUCGGCACCAGGCGAGGGGUCCCUGUGUGAUUAGCCGCCCCGCCCCAGAGGUGGGCGCAUCUCGGCGCCGGGCGAGGGGUCCCUGUGUCACCGGCCGCCCCGCCCCAGAGGUGGCCUCAUCUCGGCGCCGGGAGAGGGGUCCCCGUGUCACCCGCCGCCCCGCCCCAGAGGUGGGCGCAUCUCAGCGCCGGGCGAGGGGUCCCCAUGUCACCCACCGUCCCACCCCAGAGGUGGCCGCAUCUUGGCGCCGGGAGAGGGGUCCCUCUGUGAUUAGCCGCCCCGCCCCAGAGGUGGCUGCAUCUCUGCUGUUGGGGUAGCAUGAGAAUUACCAGGCGAUUUUAUUCCAUGCUCUGAUGUACCCCACAAGCCAUUGACACCCAGAAACAACCCAUUCCCUGCCCCCCUGAACCAGCCUGCUGAUGGGGUCACAGCAGCCCCUAGGCUCAGUUAGCAGUGGGG